CUACCACCGCAUCAGCAAGAGCUCUGGAUCUUUGAUGUUUUCUUCACGUCAGAUUUAUCUCCCAUCUUAUUUUUUAUUUAUUUCUCUUCCACCGUCUUCUGCGCAUUUAUUUCUUUCAUUUGGAUGCCUGCGAACAGACGUGCAGAAGCUCUGGGUCGUCUUGGACUUUGAAUGACUGAAGUACACACAAUAUGAAAGGCAGUUACAGCUUGGGACUUUGAGACUGGCUGAAUAGCGUUGCCAAGUUAAAAACGUAAACAUCCUUCUGUAGGAAAAACACUGAGGUGCGUCGUUUUGCAGCUGAAAGAUUUAUUUACCUUCAAAACCCGAUCGCCAUGCUGGACAUCAGCUCGUGCCUUCACAUUGACCCCGCCCCUUUUGGAUCUCCUCCAAUUGGCCAUGGCGUGGAGGAUCAGGCUGCCCGACUGGACCGUGCACGGCGCGCUUGCCUGAGUCUGAGAGAAGUGCUUCAACUCAAACUUCAACGGAGGAGGACUCGAGAAGAACUGGUUAACCAGGGGAUCAUGCCACCACUGAAAAGUUCUGCUUCCUUUCACGAACAAAGACGAAGUUUAGAGCGAGCCAGGACGGAGGACUACCUGAAGAGAAAGAUUCGGUGUCGUCCAGAAAGAUCAGAGCUGGUCAGGAUGCAUAUUCUAGAAGAGACAUCAGCUGAACCCUCUCUUCAAGCCAAACAACUUCUUCUGAAGCGAGCCCGUCUGGCCGUUGACCUGAAUGAUAAAAUCUCCCAGCGGCCCGGUCCAAUGGAGCUCAUUCACAAAAACAUCCUCCCACUGCACAACAGCCUCAAACAAGCCAUCAUAGAUACAGAGUUUCCGAAAGUCGUUGCCGAGAGCUCUUCAUUUGACGAGGAAAGCAGCGACGCCUUCUCACCUGAGCAAGUAGUCUGCCAGGACCCUUCUCCCGGCUCCGCCCACUUACCUUCACCACCUGAGAUACUGGCCAGUGAAACCAUACCCAAACAGGUCACGCCCCCUCCGCCUCCACUGCUGAGCAUAGCUGACCCUGCCCCUCACCAGAAGCUGGCCAAUGGUGCGGGCCAGAAGCAAGCUUUUGCACUGCAAAAGGGUGGUAAUAAAGCUUCUGCUGAGCGUCCUGUUCAGCGCACCAAGAAGGCGAGGGACAAUAAGCCAAAGGUAAAGAAGCUGAAAUACCAUCAGUAUGUUCCUCCGGAUCAAAAAGCAGAGCGUGAUCCUCCACCUCUGCUGGACUCCUCCUACGCCAAACUCCUCUAUCAGCAGCAACUCUUCCUUCAACUGCAGAUCAUCAACCAACAGCAGCAAAACUACAACUACCACACCAUACUGCCGGCACCGCCCAAGCCUCCAGCUGAUCAACAGCCUGCCUCAUCCAAUGGCUCUUCACCAUCCACGAAUGCCCCGCCCUCUCAAUUAACAUCCACUAAUUCUGCUGUUCCGCAUUACCAGAUCACAUCAAACUUAGUUAAAAUUGGGCCUCUGCCUCCCAACCUGGAGGAGCUAAAGGUGGCAGAGCUGAAGCAGGAGCUCAAACUGCGUGGCUUGACUGUAUCAGGAACCAAAAACGACCUCAUCGAACGGUUGAAGAACUUUCAUGAACAGAUCGGUGGAAGUAUGCCAACAUCUAAGAGCCACACAAUGCCACAGCAACCCUCAGACCCAGCCCCUGCAGUGGGAGGGGCUUUUUCCCCUAACCAAUCAACAGACAGCAACAUAGCGGUCGCUUCCCUACCAUUUGCAACUACUGCGGAAAGAGGCGGGGCUAAGAUGACUACACCACAGAGCAUGCAGUUUGGCAGCACUAGCUCCUCCCCUCCAGUUUCCCCCACCCAUUCUGAGCGCUCAUUGGCCGGGAUGAGCCCAGAUGAAAUGAGCUAUAAUGGGGAUGCUUUUGGCGAAAUCGUGACGUCUCCUCUUACCCAGCUAACCUUGCAGCCCUCUUCCCCUUUCACCACAACCGUCCUCAUUAAAGAGGAGCACGAACGCCAAGGGCCUGUGUCCUGCUGUCUGGGGUCCCAGCCUACAGCGCCCCCUAUGAACAAGGACCAGAUGCUGCAGGAGAAAGACUGGCGCAUUCAGGAGCUCACACGCAUGCUGUUGCAGAAGCAGCAGCUGGUGGAGAUGCUGCGCUCGCAGCUGGAGGGGAAACGCGUGGGUGUGCCCGUCCGAGUGAAAGAGGAACCUGCUGGUGUCACUAUGGAGACGGUCACUGUAAAAAAGGAGGUCAUAGAGGUGCAGGAGGAGAGUGAGAUGGUGACAGAUCCUUGGGUGUUCCCGCAGGCCGGGCAGACGCAGCUGCUGCAGCAGAGGAUGCAGACAGCUGUGGUACUAGAGCAGGAGCGGCAGCAGCAGCUUGUAUUGCAACAGAAUCAACGGAACCUGCAGCAACAAGUGCAUCAGAGGAAGAGGAAAACCCAGAAACACAGCCUGAUGCAAGCCAAUCCAACUCUACAGAAACAACAGGUGUCUCAGUCGGACACUAACCAGCAGUCAAGUCCCGUUUCUUCAUUGACAUUGGAUAUACUCAAAUCUAACUCCGCCCCCACAAUUGUGACUGACAGCAAUGGCAACCAAUUCCUGCUAACAUUGUCAAAUCAAAACGCAGAGGCACCUGCCAGAGUCCACCUCGGUGGCAAAACGACCAAUCAUAUCACGCUUCAGAGACUACAGUCCACACCCAACAGGCCACCGAGCCGGUCAGUCGCUGAAUUGACUAAUAAUAAUAACCAAUCUAAAGAGCCCUUACAAACCGUCAUUUUGAAGCAGCCAAUCAAAAAGGCACUAAAGCCGGAACUUAAAGUGUCGAACAUUUACAAAAAGUCAAACUCUGCAUCCAUCUCGACACCAGCCAACCUCCAAAAUGUCUUCUCUUCAGUGGAUGCCUUGAGCAACACAAGACCUGUCCCUUCAUCUCCAAACAACAAUAACGAGAAAAUGUGUCUAAGUUCGGACCAGCGUGGUUUGCUCUCAUCUCCAACCUCAUACUUGUGUUCUUCCACAGCUCUUGGUCACCAGGAAAAUGGCUGUAAUCAGCAUGGCGAUGACUUGUUUGACAUCCUAAUUCAACGUGGAGACAUAUCGGAAAAUUUCAAAGCCAGCCCUGAUCCUGUUCUUGAACGUCUCCGCCCAAACACACCCCUUUCAUUAAAUCCCUCCCCUCUUAAAGUCUCUGCCCCUCCCUGUGAUGUGCCCCAAACUUUGGUUUUAGACCCUCAACCUCCCCCUGAUGCUUCCAGAAGUUCUGACACAGGAACCGGACGUCUUGAAGAUUUCCUAGAAAGCACUACUGGCAAACCAUUGUUGGGUGUGGAGCCGGGGGGACCAAUGACGCUAAUCGUGGACCUCCACAACCAAAUGCUCAGCUCACCAAGUAUCCUCGACCACCCUUGUUCGCCAAUGGAUACUUGUGACCUGGGUUUCUCCAUUCACUCUGCGUCAGAUUUGGUAGACUCUGUCCCUGACAGCAUGGAUUGGAUUGACUUUGGAAUGGGUGGUCCUGGUGGGGAGGGGCCGGGAAUGAUGAAUCUGAAUGGACACGCCCCCUCCAGUUUAUUUUCUGCAGACUUUCUGGACACUUCUGAUCUGAACUGGUCCAGUUUAUAGCUCACGGGGCUUGAAUCUUCAACAAAUAUUUACAGAAAGGAACAAACCUGGAUUAACAACCUUCACUUGCAGGUUUUAUUUGAGUUUCCAGCAUCGAAAGUUCUUGAACAACUACAGAUUCUCAUAAUUCCUUAAGCGACUUGAUCCAUGUUGCACUUUUAACAUAUUUUUAUUCUUCCCCACCUUACACACACACACACACACACACACACACACAAAAGUACACGUUUGUUUCUGAGACAUUUAUUCUGUGUAUUGAUUUUAUCUGGAAGAUCCUUUCAAAGCAUUUGCUCACUAAAAUGCUUCUUAUAUUUAGCAGAUGACGUCAGACACUUUCAAGAUGAAGUACUUUUUUUUCAAUAGUAAAUUCAUAUACAGUGAUUUUUUUUAAUAGUAUUUAAAGAAUGUAAUUUAUAGAUGCCGAAGUAACAACGUUUUGAGCUCGCUUUACCAAAUAUAACUGGUCAAUUUAUGCAUUUUUUUUUCAUGUGCAAAAAAAGCAUAGCAGCGUGAAAGGUUUGUAGAAUCAGCAUUAACAUUGUGGGAUCUGAAAGAGUAUUAUAUUUUUUGAAUUACCAUUCACAUAUUAUAUUCACAUAUCACAUAAAACAUUUCCUACUAACCACCAGAUUUAGUUUUUAACGAUUUUGAAUUCAUUUAAGAGAAAAUAAAUGAAUUAUAUAUCCACAUAUACAGUAUCCACAGCUACAGCACCGAUGCAGGAGAUGAUUUUAUGAGAUCUGUGAGAUGAUAUUUGCUAUAAAUAUAUAUCAGUUGCAUAUUUUCAACGAAGUACAGUGUAAAACUGUAUACACUAUUAAAGUAUAGUAUUCAACAUUCACUUUUUUUUUUAUUUUAAAUAUGGCUUUAUUGACUUUUUCACAGGUGUUAAGUUUUUUUGUUGUUGUUGUUGCUAAAAGAAGCAGUUACACAUUUUGUUAAUUCUAGUAUUUUGUAUAACUGAAGCUAGCUGCCAAACAGUUAUCACAAUCUAAACGUUUUUAGAUUGCUAGUACAAGAUAAAAAACAAAGUUAGGCGUUCAACUCUAAACAAAACUUGCCUAUUUUUAUAUUUUUUAUAUAAGCUAGGUUGACUCAAAAAGAACUGCCAAAUCUUAUGAUAAAUGUGCAGUAGUUUUAUUAAAUUGAUCAAAUUAUAAUUAUAAUAAAAAUGUAUUAUUGCCACAAAAUUUGAAGGCACAAAAAAUAGGUUUGUAUAUCUUGCUCAAACCGUAGGUGGUGUACUUUGAGUUUUAAAUGUGUGUUUACAAGUCAAUAAGAUGCCUGCACCUUUAUAAAAGUUCUUGUUUAUCUUAUAGCUCUCUAAGUGGGUCGCUUAGUUUGUGUUUUACUGUAAAUAUGCUGCAUUGAACUGUAUAUGCCUAUCACAGUACACAUUGUACUGUGUGUACUGCACUGUAUUUUGUCAAUACUCCGGUUGUUAGAUGGAGUUUUGAUGAUAGGAAUAUGAGCCUAAGAGAUAAUGAAUGUUUCCAAGAUGAUCAGAAUGUAAAGAUUUUACUGUAUAGAAAAUUAUUAUUAACAAGCAGCAUUUACAUUUCAAGGACUUUUGUAGACACUUGUGUAUAUAUUUUGCUGUUACUCUGAAAAUUAAUAAUGCGUUGCUUGAAUGUCCAGUUUUGUACUGUUGUAUAUCAGCUCAGGAACCUACAGAUUGUAUUGUGUGUGUGUGUGCGCGCAUGUGUGAGAGACUUGGGAGAACAGCAUUACUCUCUGCAGUAUUCACCAUCCAUCUGUCUGAAUUUGCUUUUGCAGGGCUUUGGCAGGUAUUGUCUGUGGUUGAGCCCAAACUGAACCUUGUUACAGUACACCAUCCCCUACUGAAUUUCCACAAUGUUUUAUUGGCCGAAUGUCUUACUGGGCGGGGCUUAGAGCCUCUUUGGGCUUGUACUUGAGAUUUUUGUUUCUGGAAAAUAAAUAUUAAAAAUGAAAACGAAAUGGUAAUUUUUUUGUGCUUGCCACGGGAGGUAUGUCAUUGUAUGGUUCUCUUUCUUCUGUAGAACACAAAAGUAUAUUUUGAGAAAUGUCUGGUUUUGUGUCCAUACAAUGGAAGUCAAUGGGGGCCAAUGUUGUUCGGUUAUCAACAUUCUUCAAAAGAUCUUCUUUUGUGUUUUGAAGAAGAAAGUCAUACAGGUUUGGAAUGACAUUGAUGAUGAGAGUUUUUAUUUUUGGGUGUAACGUGUCUGCGUCAUUGAAGUCAAAAUUGACAUGAGCGUGCAGAUGUGUGAAUAAGAUGAAGUGUGAAGUUGUAAUAUAUACUGCUGUUUUGAAACUUGCUUUUUAUCGCCUGGAUUCAGUUUGAUCUUAAUGUGUAGAGAUUCUUCAGUAUAUCUUCAGUAUAAGUCAUACAGGUUUGGGACGCCGUAAGGGUGAGUAAAUAAUGUCAAUUGUUUGGGGUGUUGGGGAGAAUUUUCCUUUGAGACCAACUAGUUCUUCAGAUAUUCUGUUUACAACAUGUAGUUUUCUAGUCAUGCAGUCCUGCAAUGCAUUUGUCUUGGAACUUAUUUAAAGGUCCAGUGUGUAGCUUUUUGGAGGAUCUAUUGACAGAAAAUGCGAUAUAAUACACAUAACUAUGUCUUCAGAGGUGUAUAAAACCUUAUAAUGAAGCGUUAUGUUUUUAUUACCUUAGAAUGAGCUAUUUCUACACCGCGGGUCCCCUUGCAUGAAAUUCACCAUGUUGUUUCUACAGCAGCCCUAAACGGACAAACUGCUCUACAGAGCGUGUUUCGUAAAUACGGCAAAGAAGCAAAAACGUGACGACAUUUAUUCCUGUGUCAGCCACCGUAGUGCUUCGAAGAGGAGGGGUGGAGUGAGCCGUUGGUUGCAAUUCACAACCUCACCGCUACAGGUAGAUGCUGUUAAAUUUCAUACACUGGACCUUUAAUGUACUGUAGUAUACAAUUUGACAUUUUAUUCUUGCGUAUUCUUUUGGUUUAUAUGGCUAAAAGUACAUCACUUUGAUUCAUGUUCACUGAAGCUGGUGGAUUAGAUGCUGCAGGCAUGAUAAUAAAUUCAUAACUUCCCCUGACAAGAUCAGAGUAAGAGCACCUCCCGUCCAAUAAUUGCGAAGUCAAAUCAUAUCAAUUAUUCCAGCGUAAACCGUCCAGCAAGCCUUGGUGAUCUUAUUAGAAAGUAUCUUGACCCAAGCUAUUCUUGUGAUCACUCCAGAGUACCAUUUAACAGCAGGUAGGACUGUAACAUUUGUUUUUUAUCUCCUGUUCUACACCCUCCUUUAUAAACGUCACCCCGUCCCAUGUGUUUUCCUCGU